GCCAGCUAACUAGUAACGAGAGAGUUCGACCGUAUUCUAGAACAAUCCUCUCCUCGGCGAAGAGGAGUUGGUUCUGAAGAAACCAGCAAUGUUGGGUUACGAGAACGUUGUUGGUGGGAGGCUGAAGCUGAAGGGAAAAGCGUUGGAUGUGAAGAAAGAUGGAGGGAUUAAUAUUAAGAAGAAGAAAAAGAAACAAAACAAGAAGAAGCAUAUAAUUAUGACCAAUUAUCUCACCCCAGAGGAAGUGCUCUCUCAAAAGUUGAGUCUUGAUUCAGAGGAUCUUCUUCAAUCCAUGAAUGUGUUUGAAAAGCGUGAGUUGAGAAGGGUGAUAGAUGGUGACACAAUGCGCACAACAGAUGAUCAGCAUGACGAUGAAAAUGAUAUUGAGAAAGAUGAAAGACAGUCAGCUGCAUAUGACAGUUAUCUUACUCCGGCAGAGAGACGAUAUCUCCAGCAGUGGGAGAAGCUUGAUUGUCGAAGGCUCGCAAAGAUGGCGAGCAAAUCGCACCAUGACCGGAUUCAGGAAUUCAAUCAGUAUUUGGCAAAUCUAAGCGAGCAUUAUGACAUUCUUAAGGUCGGACCGGGCUAACUAUUUCUUGCUGUCAAUUUCAACAUUGGUUUGUGGUAGGUUGUGUAGCAGAAUGCAGAUUUCUUCUCUGGAAGAACUAUUCUUUCAAUUAUUCAGAAAGAUGUUGGGAAAAAAUAAUUUGUAUGAAAAAAAAACAAACUUCUAAUGUGGUUGCCGUUUCUUUUCCUAAUAUGUAGGGGUUGUUCUUUUGCAUUUUUGA